UUGUCUGUUUUAUUUUUCAAGUUACCUCUCCACCCUGGAUAGAGCAGAGGACCCCGGCCCGAGCAGAGGAGUUUGGCAGCGGCUGCAACCUUCACGGCGGUCGGAGGUAGGGACGGCGGUGGUGGCGGGAUUCCACGCAUCCCGUACGGACCGGAUCGAUCCGAACCAGGGGAGACCUUCGCGGGCGGCGACGACGACCUUCGACUGGCUGCAGCUAGGGACGGCGGCAGCCGAUUUCAUCACGACCCGAGCUAGUUCAACCAGCUACUUCAAAACAUGUUCAGCCUUCUAAUCGAGUCCGUCGAGUUACCCGUGCCCGACGCCUUCGCCGCCCUCCCCACCGCCGACGCCGACGAAGCCGGAACCAGCAGCUCCACCGCCGGCGGCGGCGCAACCGCAUCAAAUCCCAUCUCCCCGCGCUCCAGCAACCCUCUCCCCUCCACCACCUCCGCCACAACCCCUCUCGAGCUGCCCGGCGUACCCCCCGCCGCGUCCGCACGAAACCCUAAGAUCCACCACACCCGCGGUGUCCUCCACCUCUACCGCUCCUCCCCCUCCUUGCCCGCCUCAUCCUACGCCUCCGCCGUCGCCGUCGCCGCCACCCCCUCCUCUUCCUCCUCCGGGCCCACCGCCCCACCGCUCCAAUCCGACUCGCUGCUCCCGUCAUGGCGCGGCACGCGCCUCCUUGUGCUCGCCGUCCCUACCCGCGUCUCGCCGGAGGACUUCGUCCGUUUUUGCGGCCCCUACGUUGAGCACGCCUCCGAGAUCCGUGUCAUCAGCGACGAUGGGGUGGAGGACCGGUACAGCGUGCUUGUGGAGUUUGAGGAUCAAAAGAGUGCCGACGGAUUCUACCUGGACCUCAAUGGCUGGAGGUUCUCGUCCUCAGAGGUAGAGGUGUGCCAUGUUCUGUUUAUAGUUGCUGUGCAAUACAUGCCAUCCGCUGUGCCACCAGUUGGAUCUACUGAGCUUCCGACAUGUCCUGUUUGCAUUGAAAGGUUGGAUCAAGACAUCAGUGGAAUUGUGGCAACCAAUUGUGACCAUUCUUUCCAGUGUUCAUGCGUUUCAAUGUGGGUCAGUUCAUCUUGUCCGGUUUGUCAGUUUUGUCAGAAGCAGUCUGAAACUCCUACAAAUCCUACAUGUUCUGUUUGUCAGACCUCUGAAAACCUCUGGAUCUGUGUGAUAUGUGGUUUUGUUGGAUGCGGAAGGUAUAAAGAAGGCCACUCAAUUAGGCACUGGAAAGACACUCAGCACUGCUAUUCUCUUGAUUUGGAAACUCAACGUGUUUGGGAUUAUGUCGGUGACAGUUAUGUUCAUCGUCUUAAUCACUCGAAAAGCGAUGCAAAACAUUCUAAGCUCAGGUCAAAGUGUGAAUUUUCUGGGGACAACGAUGACUCGGAUAUGGGUGGAGUUAUGUUUAGCAGCAAAACUGAUACAAUCGUGGAUGAAUACAACCGUCUUCUUGCAAGCCAACUUGAAACUCAGAGAGAGUAUUACGAGGCUCUUCUGUCAGACGCUAAGAAAGAUAGGGAACACAUUUCUGUUGCUGUGGAUAAAGCUGUAAAUGAUAAGCUUCAAGAGAUGCAACUUAAGCUUGAAAAUACUAUGUUGGAGAAAAAGAAAGUUGCAGAAAUGAAUGAAAAACUCAUGAAGAGCCAGGAUAUAUGGUCCAAGACAGUAAAAGGAAUAGAGGAAAGGGAGAGAGCGCAGUUGAGGCUGAAGGAUGAUACAAUUCUUGACCUGGAAGAACAGAUUAAAGACUUCAAGUACUCGAUUAAGUUGCAAAAAUCGAUAGAGAAGAGUACACAUGCUGAUGAUCUCAAAGGAGGUAUGCUGGUGCCACUGGCCAUGGAAUCAGAAUCUGGAAAGGGUAAAAGAUCGUCAAGAAGCAAGAGGAGGAAUUAGCGGCAGCCAUGCAACUGGCCUCUUUGUUAACUAGCAAGACAGUUGCUAAAAAAAAUGAACUAGCAAGACAGGUGUGACUUUGUGGGAGAAGCCUCCUUACUGUUAGUUUCUCACUGCUACACUCUGAUACAUUGUCCAUAACGAAACUACAAUCGGGAUACUACAUAACAUUUAAAAAAUACAGAAUUUGGACAUUGUGUAGAAAAUAUAACCAAACCAAAUCCAAAGUUCGUAUUACAUACCCAGUGAAGUGUCAGGAAGUUGUAUCAAUGUAUAAGCACACAUUAGUUUACAAUCUGAUAAACACUUCGAAGGUGCA